AUGGUGAUAACUUGGCUUCAAAAUGCAAUGUCAUUAGAGAUAAAAAAUAGUGUCGUGUAUGUUGAUACCGCUCAUAACCUAUGGCUUGAGUUGGAACAACGAUUUGCACAAAAUAAUGGUCCUCGAAUUUAUGAGCUCAAACAGUCCAUUAAUUCCCUUGUUCAAGGUGAUGAUUAUGUAAGCUUGUAUUUCUCCAGACUGAAAGGGCUUCUUGAUGAACUUCUCAAUUUUGAAGUCAUUUCAUCAUGCACAUGUGGUGCCAUGAAAAAUGUCCUUGAGAACCAGCAACGUGACUGGACCAUGAAGUUUCUCAUGGGGCUUCAUGAUUCUUGCACCAAUAUCAAAGCUCAAAUAAUUUUGAUUAAACCCAUUUCGAGCCUUAGUGAAGUCUAUGCCCUGGUUCAACAAGAAGAAAAACAAAAGCAACUUUCCAACCCUCUCAACUUACAUGAUACCCUUGCCUUAGCUGCAAAAUCCACUUUCUUCUCUAAUCGGGACAACCCCAAACCAUAUGGACCUCCAAGGCGAGAAAAAUCCUUUUGCAGCCAUUGUAAAAUUCCUGGCCAUUCUCUUUGA